UCGACAUUUCUCAGUCCUCUCCUCAUUACUUCACACAAGUGAAGGUCACUAAUCCUGGUAUCCGUCGUGGAACAACAAUUUCAUCCACCGGCAGACUUCAGGAUGUCGGGCUCAGCGGAAAGCACGAGACCUUCCAACAUCACCGAAGCACGCCAGCCCGCGCGAAAGAGAGCCCGCGUGUCGAACCAUUCUAGUCGGAAUAGCACUCCUAAUGCAUACGCUCGCCGUUCCCCACCACGGGAGCGCGCGCCACGUCCGAUUUCCGAUGACGAAGACGAAGAAUCUCGCUCGCCGCCUCGCAAACUCAAGCGUCCUGGAGCCGGGGCGAGGAUUGGAUUAGCAGAUCGAGCGGCGGCCGAAGCAGCAAGGAAACGCAGAGAGGAAGAGCAACGGAGCGCUGUGAAUGAACGACAGACUGGUGGGGUUGAACUGGUGGCUUCCCACUACAACGCAGUUCCGGAACGAGGCAGAGAGUGGAGAAAAACAGACUCCCAAAUCAAGGGAUUGCGUAGCUUGAAUAACUGGAUCAAGAGCACGUUGAUACAAAAGUUCAGCCGGCCGGACAUACCCGUACAGCAGCUCUGUGUGCUGGACAUGGCGUGCGGGAAGGGAGGCGAUUUGGGGAAGUGGGAGAAGGCGCCCCAAGUUCCGGCCUUAUACGUUGGUUGCGACAUUGCCGCGGUCUCCGUCGACCAAGCCAAACAACGUUGGGAGGAGACAUUACGGCGGAGUCGCGGCAGGAAUCGACGACCUUUGGACAUGCAUGCCGAGUUCUACGUGCACGAUGCGUUUGGGAAGCCGCUCUCCGACGUUCCACGCGUACGAGAAGUGGGCUUCAAUCCCCAUGCAGGGCCAGGAUCUGGAGUCAUCCAGGGAGGCAUGAUGACGGGAGGGUUUGACGUGGUGAGCAUGAUGUUUGCGCUGCACUACUCGUACGAAAGCGAGCCUCUGGCAAGAGGAAUGCUGAAGAAUGUAGCUGGAGCGUUGAAGAAAGGUGGAAGAUUCUUUGGAGUGAUGCCCAACUCCGACAUCAUUUCAGCAAGCGUGAAGAGGUUGUUGCAGGCGGAGAGCACGGGGCAGACACCGAAUGAGAGGGCCAAACCCCUCAAGGACGGCCAGGAAGAAGGAGAGGUGGAAGAGGACGACGAGUGGGAUCCAGAAAAGCCAGCCGAGCCAAAUGAUGCUACCAUACGCCCUUCUGACGAUGGAGAGGAUGAUUGGGAUCCCGAGAAACCAAGCGAGCCCGCAGCCAGUACCACGAACGGAGUGGGACCGGAUGCAGAUGAUGGCGAGGACGAUUGGGAUCCCGAGAAACCUUCAGAAGCUGCAGCAACACUUCAGCAUACGGAUGCAAAUACAUCUCCUCAACAAAACGGAACCACAUCUUCCGGGACUGCCUCCAAAACCGAUCUACCACCCUUGGAAUGGGGCAACCGCAUCUAUACAGUUCGGUUCCCUCGCAACCAGCCUCUCGCGAAUAAUCUUCCUCUCCCAAAGGAUGGAAUCUUCCGGCCACCGUAUGGCUGGCGUUAUCACUAUCAGCUCGAAGAAGCUGUGGAUGUGCCCGAGUUUGUAGUACCGUGGGAGGGCUUCCGAGCGUUGGCCGAGGAGUACGGAUUGGAGUUGAUGUACAAGAAGGGCUUCCGAGAAGUGUUCGAAGACGAAAGCGGCGACCGAGAACUGGGUAUGCUGGCAGAGAGGAUGGGAGUGAUGUCUCGUGAUCGGUCGGAGGGCAGGGGCGGCUUACUGGUGGGCGAGGAGGAGAUGGAAGCGUCGUCACUCUACCUGGCGUUUUGCUUCUACAAGACCUAACAGGCUGUGACCCUUCUGCGCAGGAAAUGCAUCUGCGGUGCAGUCUUCGCAGACUCCCGAGGGCUUAGCUACGAGGCUGCACCUACUCUCGCAGUACAUGUCCUCAUUCGGCCUAGCGCGGACGAGCGAUAUGCAUCAUCAUGUAUCCUGAAACCUGAAUUCACCUUUACGUCCG